AUAUAUACCUGAGGCAUCACUCGCUCGCCAGGGCUUUGUUUGUCUCCAACCACAUCUACGAGAGAAAAACAGAAUUGCUAGCUACUUAAGCCACUAACACAUCAAACAACUUCUCAUCAUGUCGGACACCAACCAGCCAAGCCAACUCUCCGGAGGUAUCAAGCAGGUGCAAGGCACUGUCACUGAACAGAUAGGAAACCUCACCGGCUCCAACGACUGGAAGGCAUCCGGUGCCCAGACCCGCACUGAGGGCGAGGCUGAGCAAAAGGCAGCUCAAGCCAAGGAGUACGCCGAGGGCGCCACUGACUCCGUCGGCGGAUACAUCCAAAGCGUCAAGGGCGCCGUCACUGGCGACAAGACCGAGCAGAUUGCUGGCAACGCCCGCAAGGAGGCAGGUGACGCUCAGCGCGCUGCCAAUAAGCCCACUUAAAUCAUGUGGUGUCUUCCUGUAUUCUGAUACGAUGAUUCACGUCACCGACACACGAAUGUGAUUCAAUCUCUUUCGCGAUGCACGCUGCGCUUGACAUGAUGAAAACUCACUAUAGUGGC